AUGUCCGACAAAGCUACCACAGAAGAUCUAGCUGGGAAUGGCGGUCCUGCCCUCGAGGCAAAGCCCGAGCAGAUGAUUGCAGCACUGGAAGUUAAGAUAAGAGACCAGCAAGAAAAUGAUACGCUCUUCAAGAUUAAGAAGCACACCAAGUUCGGCAAAGUCUUCGACGCCUAUUGCGAUCGACAAUCUCUCGGCCGGAAUACUGUUCGAUUUCUCAUUGAAGGCACCCGCGUUCAGGACAAUGAAAUUCCUGAAGAUCUGGAUCUUGAAAAUGGUGAUGUGAUCCAAGCCAUGCUCGAGCAGGUUGGCGGUGCGCAGGACGAGGCAGGUGCAACUGAAUCAAAGCCCCAUCAAAAGCCAGAGGGUGGAGAUCACAUCGACAUCAAGGUUAUGGACCAAUAA